AACAUCUCCAGUAAAGGGAAGACGAGGGGGAAGUCAUUUGGCACAAAUUGGGAGGAGAAAGCUGUUAGUGGUUGCAUUGAAAGUCUGGGCAAAGCUCAGAGAGACUGAGUUACGCACUGGGGAACAUCCGCUCGGGGAAUCCAAUGCCUUUUCAGCUCAUUAUCCUGGAUAAACACAUUGCUAACUGUCUGCGAUAAAGAUAGUCAUGGAUCAGAUACCUGUAUGCUGGAAAUAUUUUCAUGUACUCUGGCACUGGAUUGGAGGAGUUCAAGUUGAAUGCCAUGAAAAAUAUGUAAAGAUGGCAACUGCUUACCUAGAUUUCCUGUGAAUGACCAGCAAGGGGGCAAAAUGGGGAAUGCCAUGCGAGGUGUUCUUGCCUUCAUUCCGUCAGAACGCUGUCAACGCUUCUUAGUGGGGGAUCUGAAGGAGAUGCCACUUGAUCGGACUCUGGACCUGAGUAGCCGUCAGUUGCGGCAGUUACCUGUUGCUGCUUGUGUGUUUGACGAGCUGGUGAAGCUCUAUCUGAGCGACAACAACCUCAGCAGCUUGCCUAAUGAACUGCGCCAACUGAGAAAGCUUCAGCUCCUGGCCCUUGACUUUAACUGCUUCGAAGAGCUACCCGCAGUUGUCUGCAGACUACCUCAGCUUAGCAUCCUUUACUUGGGUAACAACAGACUCUACCACCUCCCCAACGAACUCCAGGAGCUCAAGGAACUUAACACCCUGUGGCUGGAGACAAAUUGCUUCACAGUCUUCCCAAACGUGGUUUGUGAGCUUCCCAAUCUCAAGACCCUGCACCUCGGCUAUAACCAAAUACGCUGCUUACCGUACGAACUUAACAGCCUGGAAGAGCUGAGAAGUAUCUGGCUGGCUGGUAACGAGCUGACGGAGUUCCCGCCAGUGUUGUUGGAAAUGCACUUCCUAGCUGUCAUUGAUGUGGAUCGAAACAAAAUCCACAGCUUCCCCACUCUCGCUCAUUUGCAGGGCCUAAAACUUGUAAUAUAUGACCACAAUCCAUGUGUUAAUGCCCCAAUGGUAGCUGAAGGAGUUAGACGGGUCGGGCGCUGGGCGGACUGUUCUGACGAUGAGCAGGAAGAUGAGGUUUCGAAAGCCAAGGUCAUCGAGAUCGAGCCAGAGAUGGAGCUCAACAUCUAAGGUCGAGGAACAAAGUGACAUUCAGCAGUGGCGAGGCCUGGAAGCCCAGGACGCCACUCAAGUGGAUCACUUGACGCACAGGGGUGUGCGGUGCCUUCAUACCAUUGGUAUUUCAGCCAUAUAUGGGAAAGCAAAAUGUAACGGGUUGAUCGUAAAGGAAAAAGAGUUCAUAAGUCAAUAUGUGAUUGGAACUCAUUACGGGCUAAGGAACCAUAUUUAGUAACUGGUAAGUCAAAAUGAACAGAGGAAAAGUUAUCAUUUAAUGAAAGAAAAGUGUAUUAGACUCCUAUGUGCUUAUUUUGUAUUAUAUAUAUAUAUAUAAUUAUUCUUUGUAUUAAUUUUGGAAGGAAAAUUUUACUAAAUUAAUUGGGGUACAAUUAACCAUUUAUUCAUUACAUUUUACAUAAUUAUAUUGUAUUUGCAUAUACUGUAUAUUUUGUAUAAUUCGAUUGAUUUAUUCUAUUGUAAUAUACCUGUAGUAUAUAGGUAAUGUUAAGUUCUGUGAUAUUUUUAUUUUUUUUUUGGGGGCGGGGGGGAGGGGGGAGUGUUAAGUGCUUUGGGAAUUGUUUUAUAUAUAUUUUGGGGGGUACAACAAAUAACUGAUUUGAUUCAUAUCCAGUGUCCAAAAGCUUUGAUUGAGGGACACAGUGUGUAUCACUGAAAUGAAGUGGAUCCUUUCACUGGAAACAAUGUGCAGUAUUUUUACCUGAUUAACUGAAGUGGCAUGUACGACAAUACCGGACACAAUUAUACUGGCUGAGAACUUCAGCCAUUUUACAGGUUACGCAGCCUGCAGGUGUCAGCAGGCACAUUAUAAAUAUGUUCGUACCAUGAAUACAUAGUGAACUAUUAUGCGUUGGUUUGGCAUUAGGGCAAAAGGAGAUAUACAUCUUAAGUUAUAUUUCCAGGCCAGUAAUAAAUGUGUAGCUCCACUCAAGCUAAAUGUGGUGAGGUUAUGAUACAAGUGAUGGAUGGGGUACGCAGUCAAUUAGUGCACUCCAUAUCCAGAACAAUGCAUAAUUCAUCUGAUAGAUUGGGGAUGUGGCUUUUAAUGAAGCCUGCUAAUGGGCAUAAUUGUCACUGCAUUACUGAUAUCAUCAAAGAUUCUCUGAACACACUGUCAUUUCAAAUCUUUCCAACGUGUAUUCAGCAUUUCUAAGCACCACAAUCGUAACUCAUUGGUAGUUUGUCAUUUUGCAAUACUAUAUGCUUUUUAUU